AUGAAUAUUAGAUUAGCCAAGGUAAAUCCUACGGUUGAAGAUCUCAUGGGCAUGCAGGCCUGCAAUCUGCAGAACCUGCCCGAGAACUAUACCAUGAAGUUCUGGAUGUAUCACGCUAUGACAUGGCCCCAACUCUCCUUCGUCGCGGAAGACCGUGGCCGGAUUGUGGGAUAUGUCCUCGCAAAAAUAGAAGACCCCGCAGAAGACGACAAAGAACCAGAGAUCCAUGGCCAUGUCAACUCCAUAUCGGUGUUGCGAUCCUACCGACGUCUAGGACUGGCUAAAAAACUCAUGCUUCUCUCCCAGGAAGCAAUGGCUUCAAUCUACAAAGCCGAGUACGUAUCCCUACAUGUCCGCCAAUCCAACAAGGCUGCGAUUGCCUUGUACCGCGACACUCUGGGUUUCGAGGUGGCGAAGGUGGAAAAAAAAUAUUACGGUGACGGUGAAGAUGCUCUCUCCAUGCGUCUCUCUCUAAUCCUCGUCAUAAUCCAGGAUUGCAUUAUAUCUAAGUAA